AUGUGUAUCUGUGAAUUCAUUGUUGCGAUUGUUGGCGUCACUGCUGGAAAGAUUCAAGCAGAUGGAUGCGUCAACUUUGCCGCUCAUGGGUAUAUCACCUUCUUCGCAAUAUUGUGGGGCCCAGUUGGAUUGGUUGCUACCGGCGAAAUACUUCCCCUCUCUGUCCAUGUGAAGAGCUUGAGUCUUGCCGUAGCCAGCAACUGGCUGUGGAAUUUUGUUAUCGGAUACGCUACUGAACAAAUCAUUGUACCCUAUCAAUGGCAUCAAGACUGCUGA